AUGGCGGACAUUUCCGUGUCUGGGCCACGUGCUAAGUGCUUUACCCACGUGGUCUGCUUCACCCCCAUGACAACUCCAAGAGACAAGCCACACCAACAUUUAGAGGCCUCCCAGGGCCCCCUCCACCUGGAUAAACCAAUUCAGUUGCCCCCUAUUUCCCUCCAGGAUAGAAAAGGAGACCCUUCUGCCUGGAAUGCUCAGGGCCAAGAUACAAGCCUAGAGCCACCCAGUUUAGAGCCCCAGUCAUCCUCGUGGGUGCCCCAUGACACAGGGGCAACCCAGGAACCCCUGAGAGUUCCCAGUGGUAACCUGGGCAACACCUGGAGCAGCAAGAGCGAUGUUAAGAGCACGCGGCAGUCCAGCCUGGGCAAGUGCAGUGGCCUCAGCAGGCUGAGCAGCGGGUAUGCGGGAGAUGAAAACAGCAAGGUCAGCUUGCUGGGCAGCAGCAGAAUCGUGAGGUUGAGUAAAAGGCUCCUCACCAAGGCAAGCAGCUCCGGAAGCAGCCAGCUGUGUGUCAGGUACUCUCCCAGCCAGUUAAGGAGCCAGCCGAGCAGCCAAGCUGACACCACCAAGCAGACUGGAGAAGAAAAGUGA